AAAUGACACUUAUAUACCGCUUUCAACCGCUGCCACCAUGUAAUAUUGUUCGGUUUGUGGGUACAAACAGAUAUAGAGAGAGUGAAGAAACGCACGUCUGAAAAGGCUCUUUGGUUUUAUUAUAUUCCUCUAGUACAUUGUAACCGAAAAGUAACUACUGAGUAGAAGAAAGGUACUGUCUAAAUCCCGAUACGUACCUAACAGUUAUAACAGAAGAGUUGUGUGAUGUACAUUAUUCCACAGACACACGGGUAAAACCCGCCCUAUCGGUUGGCUGUUAUAUAAACGCAUGAACGAGGAAAUAAGAAGAUGCGUUCUUCUAAAAUAGACACACGGGUAAAACCCGCCCUAUCGGUUGGCUGUUAUAUAAACGCAUGAACGAGGAACUAAGAAGAUACGAUCAAGACAUUUUAAUAAAAAGCUCUGUUAUCUGGAAAGAACGCAAAAAUUUUAUUUGUGAGGUCGAAGAGCCUGUGUCUGAACAUUCGAAAAAGGAACAAGUUCUACUGAGCAAAAGACAAGAACUGAGAAAAGAGGAGGCCGCCAGGUCAGAAUGAUCAAAAAGCAAAACAGUGUUCGAACCUCAAAGUAGAACACAACCAGCAACUAUGACUGAACGGAUGACGUCAUUUUGCAUAUUUUUCGCCUCUUUCGUCCUCAUAGCCUUGGUCACAGGGUCGGACGAAGAGAAACACUGCCAUGUUCUCAAACACCUAUAUGUGGACGAUGCUCAGGCCCGGUUCGCCCUUAUGACGUCACUGAGGAAGGACGACAGUAACAAAGACAGCAACCAAUGUGCCCUGAUCUCCCGUGAGUCUCUGCAUAACGUGCUGGUCGUAGAGUGGAUCUUGGACAGAGUAAACGCCGCUAACAACGGAACAGGAUAUGUGCCAGGGAUCAAGAUUGCUGAUCGCGGACAUCCUCCAACAACUGGAGUGGACUUUUGUGGUGGUGGUGUAUGAGAACGACGUCUACGGCAGGACUGCCUCUCAAAUCUUGUCCGAGAAGGCGAAGGAGAGGGGAAUCUGCAUCACCAUGAAUGAGCCACUUCCGGACACGUUCAUCAGUGAUCUCAGUCGACGACUGGCCAAAGUGUUGGAGACGACCAAAGACAGGUCUAUGGGCAUUGUGUUCAUCGGCGGUCGGGACAUGGCAGAGCAACUUCUGUGGAACUUGGACCGUAACGACAACAGCAACCCUAUGUACGGCUUCCACUUCAUCCUCACAGACACCAUCAACAAGGACACGACCAUCUUCGACAACAAGGACUUUGGGCAGGGAACCUUGAGUAUCUCACCGUCAGAUCUACAUCUGGAUGAUUUUUAUACUGAGAUGUCUGAGAAGUAUCUUACCAGAAAAUCGGCACCUACAUAGACGGCAAGACCACCCUGAACAUGAGCGAGAUCCGGAUGUUAACCACAACCGGCGACCCCUCACGGUCCGUCCCGUCCAGCGUGUGUCGUGACCGCUGUGAGCAGUGCCUGAAACCUGACGUCAUACCCUUGGCCUUUAUGGAGGGAGACGCCUACAUCUUGGGCAUUUUCUCCCUGCAUGACCCCGUCAGUGAAGACCCUUUCUCCUGCGGCCAAUUUAGAAACGUCAGCAACGACGCUAUCGUCGCGGAGGGAUUUCUGUACGCCAUCAAAGACCUGCGCCGCAUCACAAACAUCCGGUUUGGCGCCAUCGCCAUUGACGACUGCUACAGCCCGCUGCGCACCACCAGCCUCCUGUCGGACUACUUCUCCGGCAUCGUGCCCACAGACGCCGACCUCUUCCCGUUAAAGCACAUCCCACGAGACAAGCUGGUGGGCGUGGUGGCCUGUCGCUCCAGCGGAUGUACCAUCCCGGCUGCCAGUUUCUUCAUGCCUCUCAACGUCCCGGUGGUCUCUUACGCCGCUAGCACUCCUGACCUUGACGACAAGGUCAACUACCCUUACUUCCUAAGGACUGUUCCCAGUGAUGUCUACCAGGCCCAGGUGAUGCUGAACAUCGUGAAGGAGAUGGGCUGGGAGUACGUGGGUCUGCUCUACGUCAGAAACAACUACGGUACAAAAGGCAUGCUCUCCUUCAAGCAGCUGGCCAUGGAGGAGGGGUCUGGCGUGUGCGCGGCUGAGGAAGUGGGUAUCAGCGAGCAGCAGUCACAGCUGGACUCGAGCGAGUUCUUCGACGCCUGGAGGAAGUUUGUGGAGCAGGACGUCGAGGUGGUCGUCUUUUUCGGGAUAGACUCCAGCUGGAAGUGAUGGGUCUGGAGAAAAAAGAGGAGUUCAGACAGCAUCUACGUCAGAAAUAUCCCUCCGCCAACGACCCCAACAUCUGGUUCCGCGAGUUUUGGCAGAACGCCUUCAAGUGUAACUUCAAGGGCGGAUUUAUCAACAGUUUUGACAAAGACUGCGACCCACAACAGCGGAUGAGCGAGGAGACUGUGGAGGAGCGCACGAACGAGCAGAGACUGGUGCACGUCAUGACGGCUGUCUACGCCCUAGGGAAGGGUCUGAAGGCGGCCAAAGACUCACUGUGUGAGAACGAAUUCCCGUGCCGGUUCUUACGUCAGAAGCCUGACCAGGUGUUGGAGAACAUCAAAGAACAGAGACGCCACGACGGUGCCCUCGAGUUCGAGGUCUUCAACUCCAGCGGAAACGGAAAUAUCGGCUUUGAUGUUUUCAGUAUCCAAGCAGACAGCACUGGGGGUUACGAUUAUUUAAAGGUUGGGACGUACAAUUCUAAAGAAAGCGUGUUCCAAAAAGAAAAACUCAAGUUCUAUACUGACGUUGGAUUUGAAAAGAAAGAGAUAAAGGCCAAAUGUACAGACUUUCUCUGCAACCAUUGUCCCAAAGUCACCCCUGGAUCCGGCGGGGGCGGUGAAGCGAAGGGAAGCGACUCUGGAAUGGAUGAUUUCCGGAGUUCUGAUAUCCUGAUUGUCUCCCUUAUAGCAGUCCUUAUCCUUGCGGUGUUGGUUGUGGUGGCUGCCUUAGUCAUCUGCUACAGGAAGAAAUAUCAUGUGUUGGAGAAAAAGCUGGGUGCUAAGGAGGAACAAAUCUACGAUGAGCCUGAGCACAGAGUGUACCAGGGAGACUACCUACACACACACGGUCUCACUUUCGCCAACCUGCAGAUGGACCCGUACAGACUGGACAAUGAAAACAACAAGAACAACAACAAUAACAGCAACAUCAACAACAACAGCAGCAGCAGUGAAAACAGCAGGAGGGGCGACGACAACACCGGCCUCCCUCCCGUCCCUUCGUUCAACCGUGGUGUGAGCAACCCCUCGUUCCUCCAUGACCACAUCGACUCUGUCUCCCAGAUUGGGCAGGCGGACGAGAUCUCUGUGCGCUCUCAGCCCGAGGGGAGAAACGCUCACAGCAGUCGGCCCUUCUCUACCAUGAGCGCCCCUCCCAUACACUACACAGGCAGAACUCUACCACUGAGCGUCAUCAGCGGGCGGACCCCCAUGGACUUCACCCGCGAGAACCCCGCGUAUGUGGGGAGUUCCUCUGAGCACACAGAGGGGCCCAGUAGUCGAGCCAUCAGCUCUCACAUGUCUAGCCUCAACAACCCGGGGCUAGUCAGCGGCGCGUCCAGUAUACAGAAACGACCUCCAUCCAGCAUGGCCUUGACUUCUAUGGCAGGAAGUGGCCCCUCCCAGCCAUACGGUGGACCAAACAUGCGCGUGAUCCUCCCCUCCUCCUCCAUCUCCUCCGGGGUUCAGCCCGGGAUGCAGGGACUGGAGGGUCUAGUUUACUACACAGCAGGACCUGACGGACAGCUCGUGGCUCAGAUACCCUCCCCCAACACACCAAUCGUCAUGUCACCGCACAUGUAUCCCGUGUCUGACUCCAACCCCCCUCAACAACACAACAUCAGCCCCCAGGGGGAGCCACUGUACACUCACCAGGGGUCAAUAAGUGGCGCUGACCCUAAUUCCCCACCCAUUAACCCGAAUUUCGGACCAUACAGCUUCGCCCUCGCCCAACAAAGACAAGCCUCAAGAGCCCCUCAAGCGGUCAUGGUGUCACCGCCCAUCAUAGAGGAAGGGCACGCUGCAGGGGGAGAAGAUCUUGGCCGCUGCGUCCAGCCUGGGGAUAUAGAACUGAAGGAUAUGGGCGUGGCCUGGGCUAGGGGAGAGGUCAAUCCAGCGCACGUGGCAGGUCAACACCCGCUACAGGUGUCUGCUAUACCGGCCAACGUGUCCGAGUCAGCUGUAGACUACUCACCCAUUCACUACGCCAGCCCCUCACGCCCUACUCCUCAUCAGCAGCCGCAGAAGCAACAACAGCAACAGCAACAGCAACAACAACAGCUUAACCCUCUACAGAAACACCACCUGCAGCAGUAUCUCAUUCAACAGGAUCAGCUACAGCAAGCACAGGUGCACCAACAGCAGCAACAGCAACAGCAACAACAACAGCAACAACAACAGCAACAACAGCAACAACAGCAACAACCACAAGCCAACAGCCAACCACCCUCAGGCACAGACCAACCCAUGGAGGUCCGACGUCGGGGGUCCUGUGACGUCACUAACACGACCUCCAGCCCACCCCGAGACGACCGGCCUGGGCUGAGAGACAGCAAGAGUAGCCUCUCGUCCUCCAUGCCAGACAUUGUGGGAGAGCUGACCUCUCACCACAACCUAGACGACCUGCCCUUGGACUCCAUAGACCUUUCCUCUAGCAGGGAAUCGCUGGACGGACCUGAAGGGCACACGCGACUUCCCAAUGGUGACAGGGUGAGACUGAGCAAUCUGGCAGCGUUGGGAAGCAACAUUACAAAAGUGUAAAGAGCGUACGAUCAAAGCUUACAGAGAAAGGAUUAAGUUAAAGUUUUAGUUUGGUAAGAGUCUAGCUUAGCUCUAGCUCAAGUUACCGAAGAGACUGUGUACAAAAAUGUGUAUAAAAGAUACGGCGUUUGUGUACAAAGAUACGGUGCGUGUGUAAAGAGACAUGAUGUGUAGACGUACACAUGUGUACCGUAUGUCUUUUCUUGUUAAUUAUAACGUGGUAUUUUUACUGAGCAAGCUACAAUUACAUUAAACAAAACGUGAAUUUCCAAAACACUUUUCUUUACUCCUAAGGAAUUUUACGAAAAGGGUAAGUUAAGUUUGCUUAUUAUCAAUAUUAUGGUCACCAAAUUCUGCAUUACAUUUUAGGUGUGGCUACCGUUAUCAUCACAAAAGUAAUACUAUCAUCAUAACUAUGUCAUAGCAUAAGUAAUAAUAAAGUGAAGACUUACAAACAUUUGUACAACAAAGUGUGAAAUCCGAAUGGAAAGUUAUAUUUGGAAUAUGCUGCCACUGGAGAUGAACCGUUUGACCUUUUGUUGUAAUGGUACGCACUGCAUCAACAAUUUAGUUUAGAUCGUUCCAGAAAGAGGGGUGGGGUAAUUCGACAGUGCCUCGGGGGUGACACCUAGCAGAAAGACAGAGAUAUUUAUUUGAGAAAAUACUAUGUUGUCUCCAUAUGGGAAUCGAACUUCCAUCCUCGGCUAGCUGGGCCGAAAGUUUAAACCCUUACACCACAGACAUGGACUUUUUAUGGUCACAGCCUACCUUCUAAGUGACCUUCGAUGGGGGCAUUUAAAAACUUCAUUAAAAAUAAUGAAAACUGAAAUACCUAACUAUAAUAGUAGGGAAAAAGAAAACCAGCGCUUGCUACUGAAUGCCAUCCUUGAGGCCAUCUACCUUCUAAGACGUUUUAUGCUUUCUCUGACGAUUUAACAAAUGCGAGACCACACGAUAUUUACUGGCGUCUGUGGUAUAGUUUCAGUCACUCCUCUGAAGACAUACAUUCGAUUCCCAAGCGAGGAGAUAAUAUUAUGUCUAAAAUCUUUGUCUUUCUGCUGCGGGUCUGUAUUCUACUUCACACAGAUUGGUGUUGACAGGCAGGGUUCCAAUUUUGUGUGUUUUUGGUCGUUAGACAUUUACAAUCAAUAAAUCAAUAAAUCAAUCAGCCCUCUCAUUUCAAGGUCACUGUAAUGACCUUACACCUACGAGUUCACAUGUUAAGUGUGGUCACCCGCCUAGACCCUUCUCUCAUGUUGACAACUGUUCAUAGAGUAUUGUGAUAUAUAUGUGUUUAAAUAUACCUACAUAAUUAUGUAUAUGUAGCACACCUCGAAAAUCUCAUAUCACACAUAAUGAUAUUUUGGACAGUUUAUAGUAUGUGUAUUUUUGAAAUGUUUUACACUGUGUAGUUUUUGAAGAAGCUAUAUAAUACUAUUUACCUUCAACUAUUUUUACCUUUUCAUUUUUAAACAUAAUAACUAUUAUAACUUACAAUGAAAUAGCUUGUCGGAAUCCAAGAAAUACUACUAUUCAAGUGUAGAUCAGAAAGCAAACUGAACCUUGGUGCAGCUAAAUCACUGCAUAAGGUCUUAUCAGAGGUUGUUUUGUUUUGAUCACCUAACCACAAAAUUGGACUUGUGAAGUCCAACAGGUUUCAAAUCGACCUUUUUUCCAAAUGAAAUUUCCACCAGUCUCAAUUGAUUUUUAUUCUCUUAGGGCUCUCCGUUAAGUGUUUGGACUUCUCGGUUUUUUCUGACACGUAAUCCAAUGCUGUGAAUGAAAUGCUUCUAGUUUCCUCGGCGAAAAUUAACGUGUUCAUGCACCAAAAGGUCUGACGUUUGAUCAGUUAAUUAGUUUUAAUGGUAUUGAUACAUUUUGGCGCAUUAUGUAAUCACAGCUGCUCUAAUGUCAAUGAAAACGAAAUGAAUUUUCUGCAUUAGAAAUAUUGUAAAAUAGUUUUCCACUAUUACAUCUGACGUUGUUUUUGUCAGAUCAGAUAUUAAUGUUCACAUAUACAUUAAAA